AGCAUGACAACUUAUAGAGUGUGUUUUUGCUUCAAGAGAAGAUUCACGGCGUCGAACGAGACGCCGGAGGUGAUCAAGGAGGUGUUCCGGCAAUACUCGGAGAAUGGUGUGAUGGGGCCGGAGGAGUUGAUGAAGUUCAUGGUGGAAGUGCAAGGAGAUAAAGAGGUUACAAGAGAGGAAGCUCAAGCUAUCAUUGAUGCACACCAUGAGCACAACAAACAUGUUGGUGCUUUGCAUCAUCAUCAUCAUCAUCAUCUUCUUCAUCAUCAUCGGAAGGGACUCACUUUAGAGGGAUUCUUUCAUUAUGUCUUCUCGGAAGUCAACAAUCCUCCUGUCUCUUCUUCUCUUGGUGUUCAUCAAGACAUGAAGGCCCCAUUGUCACAUUACUUCAUUUACACAGGCCAUAACUCAUACUUAACAGGGAAUCAGAUCAGCAGUGUUUGCAGUGAUGUCCCAAUUGUGAAGGCCCUCAAGAAAGGAGUGAGAGUUAUUGAACUUGAUAUGUGGCCUAACUCUACUAAAGACGACAUAGAUAUCCUUCACGGCGGGACAUUGACUACGCCGGUUGAAUUGAUCAAAUGCUUGAGGUCUAUCAAGGAACAUGCAUUUACCACAUCUCCAUAUCCAGUGAUUUUGACUCUUGAAGACCAUCUUACACCUGAUCUUCAAGCUAAAGCAGCCAAGAUGAUUUCUGAAACAUUUGGAGAAUCAUUAUUUGUUACAAAAUCAGACUACUUGGAGGAAUUUCCAUCACCUGAAGAACUGAAAAUGAAGAUUAUAAUAUCCACAAAACCACCAAAAGAGUACCUUGAAUCCAAAUCAUUCAAAGACAAGGAACAAGAAUCCUCCAAGGUAACAGAAGAUGAAGCAUGGGGUGCUGAAGUUGAAGAUUUGAAACUUGAGAAUGAGUUGCAGAUUGAGAAUGAAGAACAAGAAGAUGAACUUCAUGGUGAUACUGAUCUAAAGUCUCAACCUUCUCUUGCACCAGAGUACAAACAUCUCAUUGCCAUUAAAGCUAUAAAGAGAAUGAGUUCAUUAAAGGAUUCAUUGAUGGUUGAUCCAAAUAAAGUUACACGUUUGAGUUUGGGUGAACAAAAGUUUGCCAAGGCUGUUGCAUCUCAUCCAGAUGAAGUUGUGAGAUUUGCUCAGAGGAACUUAUUGAGGAUUUACCCAAAGGCCACAAGAGUAACAUCAUCCAAUUAUAAUCCUUUACUUGGUUGGACUCAUGGAGCUCAAAUGGUUGCAUUGAACAUGCAGGGAUAUGGAAGAUCACUGUGGUUAAUGCAAGGGAUGUUCAGAGCAAAUGGUGAAUGUGGUUAUGUGAAGAAACCAGAUAUUCUAAUUAAAGACAUCUUCAAUCCCAAAGCAGUAUUGCCAGUAAAAAAAACUUUGAAGGUGACAGUGUAUAUGGGAGAUGGAUGGCGAUAUGAUUUCGGUAAAACACAUUUCGAUACAUACUCACCUCCCGACUUUUAUACAAGGGUUGGCAUAGCAGGGGUGCAAUGUGAUGCAGUGAUGAAGAGAACAAAGGCAAUUGAGGACAAUUGGAGUCCAGUUUGGAAUGAAGAGUUUGUGUUCCCUUUAUGUGUUCCAGAGUUGGCAUUGCUGAUAAUUGAGGUUCAUGAAUAUGAUAUGAGUGAGAAGGAUGAUUUUGGAGGACAAAUUUGUUUGCCUGUUUGGGAAUUGAGGCCUGGGAUUCGGACAGUGCGCUUGUGUGAUAGGAAAGGUGAUCAGAUGAACUCGGUUAAGUUGUUGAUGCGUUUUGAAUUCAUUUGAUGAAGUGUAUCAUUUAUAUGAGGACUCUUUUAUGGGAAGUUGAUGAGUGAAGCUUGUGUCAUGUAUUAUGCUAUGUUAAUUCUUAGUAAUUUUUUUUUCAUGGAUGUGUUUUUGUAAUGAUGUGAUUUGAUUGUGAUUGUAUAAUUUGUAUUUGGGAGCCGUUUCUUUGGGUGUUGCAAGGCAUCAAAUGUGUAUGUGUAUGUGUAUUUGGGAGCCGUUUAUUUAUCAGAGUAAUUAUAAUAAAUUUGAAUCUGAAUACA